AUGGCUCCGAAAAGCUCCAGACGGUACGCCAGGAACCCCCAGCCGUUCAAGGCUGGCAUUGACGGGCGACAGAAGCGCAUCCACGCGUCAGACCCCUCUGCGCGCUGGCCAAAGUUUGCUUUGAGCCCGUACGCUACCGAGGGCUGCCCCUUCUACACAAAGGGCGAGAGCAAGGGCGCACUGCAUGUUCAGCGGCCCGGAGGGCAGUGCCUCUUCUGCGACUUGGAGAGGCUCGACGAGUGCGUCCAUGACGGCCGUGGCCGGACGGCAAUCAGGCAGGCGUUGCAGGUCUUCUUGAAGAAUGAUGAGGACAUCUUCGAGGAGGCUCUGGCCCGCAUCGGAGAGGUCAUUCCGGAUUUUGCGGACUUGGAGGAAGGCGCGCGACGGCUGGUGGCGGCCGGCGACUGGUCGAGGAUUCUGGCACAUCGGAGACGCCUGCGCGCGGAGCCCGUGGCGGAGGAAGACGCCGUCUAUCGCCAUCGCGUGGACACGGAUCGCCAGCGCGUGCGCAAGAAGUUUUUUCCGUCCAAGGCCUUGGUCUUUCUGAAAGAGUUGAACGCGAAGAUUGAUGACAAGGCCUUUAACGACAGUGGCCUCCCAGCGGCUCACGUGACGUCCACUGCUGCGGCGAUCGAACGAUG